UCCCCGUUGCUAGGGGCAGUUCCCCAGGCCCAACGGGCAUGGAGUCUUUCCGCCUCCAACAACAACAACAACACCACCAUCAUCAUCAGCCUCAUCAUCAAUAUUGUUGUUGUUGUUGCUGACGCCGUGUUGUCGACUAGCACAGCGCUCGAGACCCAUCGCGUUGUCAAUUCCGACCCCCUGCUUGGCUUUACAGGGGCGAGCGUUGAGGCCUGUAGUGUUGUUGUUAGUGGUGGUUGUUGUUGGUGGUGGUUGUUGGUGGUGGCGAUGGCGUUGGGCACGGUGAGCCGUGGAGGCGCCAUCGCCGCGGGGCUGUGUGGCGCCGUCUUCCUCGCCUACUGCUUCUACUUCGACCACAAGCGACGGAGCGCGCCCGACUUCAAGAGCAAGCUGCGCCUGCGGAGGAAACGCGUGCGGCAAAGCCAGGAGCUAUCCAACGUGCCCAAGCUGCCUGACAUGAAGGACCCUGAAGCUGUCCAGAAGUUCUUCCUGGAAGAGGUGCAGCUCGGAGAGGAGUUGCUCACACAAGGUGAGUUGGAGCAAGCGGUGCAGCACCUGACGAACGCCGUGGCCGUCUGCAAUAAGCCGCUGCAGCUGAUGCAGGUGCUGCAGCAGACGCUGUCGCCCUCCGUCUUCCAAAUGCUGCUGCAGAACCUGCCCAUGACCGGCUCGGUGCCUCUGCGCUCCGAUUCCACCAGCCGACUCUGAGGAUGACGUCGUCCCAGAACCUGGCGGCGGAGGACGACGUGGAGUGACGAGGGGCGGCACCCGCCACCGACCGUCGUCCAUCGACCGCUGGGCCUUCAGCAUCUUUGUGCCCCCCCCCGACCCCCCCCCCCCCCCGCUGCCCCCCACCUCCUCGCCCACCCCCGUAGCCUUCACAGCUUCUGGGAGACGGACGCCGAUGGGAAGCCGAAUAUUUUUCGGGGUCGCCGAUUAGCCUUGCGGGUAGGCUGCGUGAAUAAUCGGCAAAGCCAUAGUGGGGGUAAACUGGAUGUGGUGUCCCGUGGCGUGUCGUCCACCUGGCUGAAAUGAAGCCCUUUCGCCGCAACAGAAGCGCCGAUGACCUCGCUGGCAGUGCCACCUUUUGUUGCUCUUCGGUGUUCCCGAGUCUAAUUGUCGUUGGGACGAGGUGGGACGAGGUGGCCCCUGAUGGCUUUUAGUAUUGAGCUGGGAUGGCUGACAUCCUGGGUUCGAAUCCAGGUUUCAGUCGCUGACUAUGGUGAAACCAGACGAUGGUGAAACCAGACGAUGGUGAGACCAGACGGUGGUGACACCAGACGGAGGUGAAACCAGACGGUGGUGAAACCAGUGAGUUGGUGGUUUCAGCCCGGUCAACAAUGUCCGCGCAAAAGAACCUGUCGCAUAAAAUUUGCUUCUGCAAAGUCACGUAGCAAAAAAUAAAUAAUAAAAAUAAAUAAUAAAGAUAAAUAAUAAAAAUAAUCUAAAACAUAACAGAAAUAAAAUAAUAAAAUAUUGUUUUCUCUAAAUUUUAUUAUUUAUUUUUAUUAUAAAUUUUCCCCUAAGUGACUUUUCUGAAAAAAACUAAGAGUAUGAAUCCUUGCAGUCACGAAAGCUUCAAAUCUAGAAUUUGCUUCUGCACUUUGGGAUACAUUCCAUUGCUGAGAAUGAAACGCAUCGGUUUGACUGCCGCGUGACAAACGUUACUCUCGGUAGCAGAGCAGGUGGGUGGGAAAGUGCCGUCCCUUGCUUUGUAUAUCAGAGGUCAUUUGCAGGCAUCUCAGAGGUAGCUCUGUAGUGUCUGCUUCCGUGGGCCAUUCUCUAACAGAAAGCUGCACUGCUCCGCAGGAUUCGAUCGGAUCCUUCGUCAUGUAACAUGACGCUGAUAGCGUAACCGGGAUACAAAUUUGGGAGAGCUUUAGUUUGAAACAUCAGUGGAAACGAUCAACCAAACAUACUUAGACGCUGUCGAUAAAAUUUCCUGCUUUGAAUUACAACUUAAGGAGAAAUUCAGCUUCAGCUGUCGAAAGCAACUUGUCACAGGUUCGUAUAUUUUAAUGGGAGUGGUUGAGGGUUACGGAACGGUGGUGCCGUGGUCCGCGCACCUCGCUGUAAACCAGCCGGCCCGAGUUAAAAUUCCCGGGCCACGGAUAUUGUCAGUGGCGAGACAUGACGGAUCCUACCCCCCCCCCCCGUCCCUGCCACCCCCCCUGCCCUCCCACACACUCGCCACUGGCGGUAAGCCGUAGCCAGUAAUCAAACUCAGGUUGCAGGUUUUUGUAAGUGGUGCGUGAACCGCUGCAUCGCCACUCUCCACGAGAUGAGCAGUAUUAUUAUAACGUAAAUAUGAGAAAUGCAGUCUUAGUUUAUGGUGUAUAUUUUUUUAUUUUCGUGAAUUAGUUUGACUUGUAAGUCCUUUAUUGAACCAAAUGAGCCUCGGCUUACAAUAUAAAUAUAUAUUUAUUUUAGAAGGUUCAUACCGAAGUUGUUUGACCAAUGUUUUUGUCGUCGUUCAUUUGUGUAAUGAGAAAGUGGCCUUGAAAUUCCUGAUAACCCACGUUUGCCAAUUUUGCUUAAUUCUAAAACGACACCACAAAUGUAUCAGGAUUACACAGCAGCAGCACUGAUCAUCGCUUCCCCCUUGAGUCACGCUGUACCACACAGGGACAGCUGCUACUGGGGGUGCCCUUUCACACGUGCUGAGAUGGUGAUGUGCGGUGCUCGGAGAUGCCCAGGCAUAUAGGAGAGCAGCUCUAACAAAAAUGAAAUAAUCAUUGGUAACAUCGCAUCUUCAAGCGAUUCUAUGCGAACAUCAUCUUCCGUUAUAGUCUCUUCUGCAACGUGUCUUUUAUAGUUUCGGACAAUUUGUUCUGAUUUCUAACAUCUCCUCCCCCCCCUCCCCACUUACAAUGCACUGUGCAUUACAUAGCUGUCAACCCACACGGCUUACCCGUAUUCUUGUACAAGUAAAUUGAGUUUUCAGGUCCAUACGGCUUACAGCCGUUUCAAUAAGGGCAACACAAAUGUGUCUGUGUUUCUCCCUUGUGAUUGGACUUUGUAGGAUGAACGUUGAGAUUUAUUGAGGCACGAUAUGACCAAUAAGGUCUGAAUUGGCCUGUAAUAAGAUAGGCACUGAUAAGGGGUUGACAGGGAUGACAUCAUGCUAAGUUAAUGUCCUCGUUAAGGCGUUCCCAUCGAUUAGAACUCACCUCCGAACCCACGUUUGAUUGUUCACUUUGCAUCGUAAUCCCCACAGAACUUGACCGCUAUUUUCAUCCACUUCAAUCUGCCCGCCCUCAUAAAAUACCUUGAUACUUUUUGGACCGUGCGAUGUUGUGGGUUAUCAGGUUUAUUUCAAGACUGCGAUGCAGACUGCCAGCGUGCACCUGUCCACGUCGGUGAUGACAUUGCCGAUCAUGCGACGUGUGUGUGGUUUAGGAGGUAAAGCGAUUGUUUCGUUUUUGUUUUUUCAUUCCUCAAAAGCUGAGUAUUUACGCAGCAGAUCUCUUCAACGGCGGUCACUUAACUGAAACCCCCCAGCAUGCUUUGCAUGCCAAGAUGACUUUGUCAUUCCCCGUGCGCAUUCUGCACGGACUUCUGGUAAGGUGGUGGGGUUUGUUUGCGUGCCUGUGCAUUGUCUGUGUUGUGUGCUAUCGGUGCGCGUGUCUCCGCUCGCCACUAGAGGCCGCUACACACCGCACUGUUUGAACGUCGUUUAAAAAAACAAACAAUUCCUAAGUCUUAUCACGAUCUUGAGUUGUGACAUUUGAAUCGUGAUUUUGGGGGCGAGUAAUUGGAUGGCUGGUUGGUUGGUAGGCGCGGUGGUGUAACGCUCGUGCCUCGCCGCACGAUGGACCUGGGUUCGCUUCCCGACUCGGGUGCCUUUCUGUGCGGAGUUUGUAUACAGGAAUCCCUUGCCAACCUCCGAUUUGCCAACCGCUGUUCCAUGUGUACACGGGUUUAUUAUUUGAAUUCCAAUGUUCCCACCGCGGGCCUGGAAAUGUGCGUGUCCACGGGUAAACGCGCGUUGUCGAGGAAGACACAUGGCGUGUGUGAUAAUAUAACGCAUCGUUCUAUUGCAGCAUCACAUUGCAGUGCGUGACGCUGUGUAGUCGAUCAGUUGAUGUCCAUCUGUUGUGUCGUCCUGCGUUGUAAUUCUCGCGGCGCGUAGGCCGUGUCGCAUCGAACCACAUUCACGUUGAUGUAGCAGCACUGUGAUCGUGGACCCGAAGCGAGUGGUGAAGGUGGGCGUGUUGCGUCUGUGGCCCGGAGGAAGAGGGGAGGGAGGUUAUAGUCGUGGUUCUUUCGGUAAAGUCACGUAGAAAUUUUUUUUUUAAUAAAAGCAAAAAACCCACAAUAAAAAUAGUGAAAUAAAUUAAAAUACAUUUUAAAUAAUAAAGGAGGGGAGGGAGGGUGAGCCCCUCCCCCUCCUAACCACCCCUUCCCCCCAUCACCUCAUUGUCAUUAAUAUUACACGUAUUCAACGUUGUAAUGUUUAUGUGUUAUACUGUUUACGCUAUUAUUAAGUGUUUAGUUCAAGGGGCAAGUUACGCCAUGACGAUUCUGACCGCGGCCAUUGGCCCCCCUCACCCCAUUACGGUAUUUCCCGUGCGUCUUUCGUCUUAUCAACCGCGGUUUUGCCUACCACGGGGGUCUUCAGGAACAUAACCCCCGCGGUGAGUGAGGGACUGCUGCAUUCUUCUGUCUGCGUGGGUUUCCUCCCGUAGCUCAAAAAUAAAAACCACAAACUAGCUGGUAUUGGCCAAAAACAUCCCAAUUUUUCACCGUAAAGGCCAUUUCUACAUAGGAAUUUUGAUCCGAAUCAUAGAUUAUAGGUUCCCAUGACAAUUCUCUUUGUUUUUUUUUAUAUCACGUAAUGUGAUUUAUUUUACAGGGCGUAAACAUUUCUCACGGAAUAUAUUUUUUUGCCAAGGGCGCUGGGUAGACGAUUCGCCACACCCCGAGAUGUAUUAUAGAUGUUGUGUGCCGGGGUGGGGAGAUAUUUGUCCGUGUCGCUGCUUCACAGGAGUCGGUGGCACGCGACCAGUGGCCACAGCCGUAGCGAGAUGCAUACUGGAUGUUGUGUGCCGGGACGGGAAUAUAUAUUCUGGUUACUUACCCGGGCAGAAACGGCUGAAAUAAAACUCUGGUUAUUCGAUUAUUUGUGUUGCUAGCAUGACUGUGAAUACGAGUGGCCACGUGUCUGUGUGUGCUAUGUCUGCCUUUGGUUGAACAAUGUAUUCAAUAAAACACGUGAACGUG